UAAACCCAAGUAUAGAGAGUAAAAGACGCACGGACUGAGCUCCAGCACAACAGUGAUCACCUGAUCCGCACUCAGGAAUACUCGGACUCUUUACCCUCUGUUGUUGUUGUUGUUGUUUGGACAUAUUUGGAGAUGUCGAACGUGCAGUUGUCGAGCAGCGCCUUGGAGCGGCUGGUGGCCCGGCGGACCUUCCCUCUGCAGAAGCGCACCUCCGUUUGCCGAAACCUCUUCGGCUCCGUGGAUCACGACGAGCUGCACCGGGAGAUGAAGGACAAGCUCCGGGAGAUCUCCGAGCGGGACCAAGAGCGCUGGAACUUUAACUUCGAGGUGAACUCCCCGCUGGAUGGGGUCUACGAGUGGAAAGAGGUCUCCGUGGAUGAGACACCAGCAUUUUACCAAGACUCUGUCCAGAACGGCAGGACGCGAGUCCCGGCUACGCCCGUGAAGAGGAGGCCGGUGGAGGAGCCGGUGCUGCCUGACACCCCCCGCCUGAUGGAGCGUCUGUCUGCUCCUGAAAGCAGCGCUCCUUGUACCACAGAGGUGAACCAGGAGAACCGCAAAGACAAGCUCAACUCAGGGAAGCAGGCGCUCAGACGCGUCCCCAGCGUCAAACGCAAGAGGACGGACACCACUGACCACACUCACAUCACCGACUUCUUCGUAAAACGCAAGAAGGUCGUGGACAGAAAAGUUGCUGAUGCGAGCUCCUGCCACCAGUCCACCAAGUCCCCCAUCCCGCUGGAGCAGACCCCAAGGAAAAGAAUCCGCUGAAGGUGAUUUUGCACUACUGUCUGAGCAUUUGGACCUCGAGAAGCACUCUUUUUCCUGUGAAACGGUGGAGAUGGGACUUCUGGAGAGCGGUGUGUGAGUGGAUGAGGAGACCGAGCAGUCGCUGCUUUCUCCGGCGCAGAGCUCCGUGGAGCAGCGCGCAACGAGCUGGACUCAGGGCCGGGGACGAGGGAGGGACCGGUUUCACUAAAGUAGCAACACUUUGGACUGAUUUUUGUUUUAUACUCGCCUGAAAUGUGAUUUGACCAGUUCAGAACAACAAAGACUGGCUCACAGUCGGUGCUCUAAAGGCCACACGGAUUUCAACCAUGUGCCGCAUUUCUAAUUUAAGCUUGUUCAUGGAAAAUGUUUUGUGAGUAUAACAUUAAGUCUAAGACUGUUUGUGAAGCCACCCUGAUGUGAGAGGACUCUAUCCAGUACAAAUGUAGCAUUCAGCCACUCGACAGUGUUAAAUGUUUAACAUCUGUGCAAUCCUAUGACUUCUAAAUGUCUACACUGGCCAAAAGUGUACAGCUUUAUACAGACAAUAAUGUUUAUUCUUUUCUGCUAAUCUGUAAAUGUAUAUUUUUAAACUAUUCUAACUUAUAAUUUAUUUAUGUGUCUUUGUUAAUGCCUUGUUGUUUCGCCAAAGGGCAUCAUUUUAUUAUGUUAUUUUAUUUGUCGUGAUGUUUUUGCAAUCAUGUAGCUUCAUAGUUGACACUUGAAGAUAGUUUCUUUGUUCUGAGCCGUUUUGUGAC